AUGCUUCCUCCAGCGCUAAACAUUCCCAAAUGGCUCGAAGAAAACUCCCAUCUCCUCCAGCCACCAGUCAAUAACUACUGUGUCUAUCACCCGUCAACACCGGCCACAGCCGGCUACACAGUGAUGAUAGUGGGCGGGCCCAAUGCCCGCACCGACUUCCACAUUAACACAACCCCAGAGUUUUUCUACCAAUACCGAGGAUCAAUGCUCCUCAAAACAGUCGACAAUUCAACCACACCUCCUAGUUUCCAAGAUAUCCCCAUUCACGAAGGAUCGAUCUUCCUACUGCCCGCGAACACCCCACACUGCCCCGUGCGCUUCAAGGACAGUGUCGGUGUUGUGAUGGAGCAGCCGCGCGCUAAAGAUGCAGUCGAUGCUAUGAGAUGGUAUUGCAAGAACUGCAAGGAGAUUGUCUGGGAGAAAAAGUUCGUGUGUGUUGACCUGGGGACGCAGGUCAAAGCUGUGGUCGAGGAGUUUGCGGCCGACGAGGAAAAGCGCAAGUGUAAGACUUGUGGAGAGAUUGCGGCGUCGAAAUAUCAGGAAGGGGAAAUUGUGCAGCCGCCAACUCAUCCUGAAUAG